CAGAGAGAAUGUUCAUGCUUUGAGGUACUAUGUAAGAUAAUAUUUAUACUUUUGCUACCGGUUAUAUGUGCUUGUUAUUUGUGUGUUGCUGCUAUGAUUAUAGCAGUUUUUUUAGGCCUUAUCAUUACUUGCUCAGUAAUUGCUGCCACCGUCGCGUUACCACUGCUAUUGGUAUCGUUUUUAGUUAUACGGUUACUUCAGUUCUUUAGUCACGGUGAUGCCUAUGACAAAGCCGUUCAACUUAUGCUUUUCAUCCGUGCUUGGAUACUCAUAGAUAUGGUGGUGUUUCUGAUUAUAUUAUGGAUUUUCUUCUGGGUACCUAAAAACAUCUCAGGGUUAAGGCAUGUUCUGUUGUUAGGAUUGACUUUAGCAGAUUGGGUAAGCCUAUAUUAUGUGAUCUUCGGCAUCUACAUUUUGAGCUGUUUUGUUUCAGUAGUGACCAUUAAUUUAUUACCACUGGUCCCCUUGGAUCACACAGAAAGUGGCCUUAUAUUACCCGAAGCAGUGCUUGAAAUAAUCGACUGUCUCAUUUUCUGGUUGGCAGAAUCUGAGGUUAUGAAACGUGUUUCCACCUUUAAGCACCACAAGAUACUUGGACUGAACACCCAAAAUUGGAUUGAGGUAUCAAUAUUUGUCCUCGUUGCCUACAAUGUCAUCACCUUGUCUACUUAUAUGAUAGUGUGGUUGUUAAGGAAGUUAGUUUGUCACAAAAUACUUAAACCAGGGAUUAAUACAAAAUCACGUCAGUACUUAAUUAUAGAAAAGUUCCUGCGAGGAAAACAUCUAAUGUAUUGGGCCAAUGGAAUGAAACGCAGCAUCAACUUCAUAUUAAGAUCAUUGCUGCUUUUAAUUACUUGGGUGUCUUAUUUUGGCUCCAAGCUAAACAAAACGCCCCAGGCCAAAUACAUUCUGGAUUUCGGAACCUGGACUUGUCUCAGUCUUUUAAUUUGCUCCUUUCUUUGGCUGGUCAAAACUUGUGUCUUGCUAUCAUGGGAGGCUUGUUCUGUGUAUAACAGAUUGAACUCUAAAAUCUUGGAAGGUGGGAAGCAGUUGUAUUUCCUUGGCAUCAUAGGUCGCCACAACUAUGACAUCUUAAACCUUCUGUAUGAGUGCAAAGAUGAUGAAACUUUGUGGAACUAUGACAUCUUAAACUAUGGCUCGGAUGACCAGAGAUUAAGACAGUUUGUCUCACAUCUAUGUAAAACCUUGUUUCCUAAUAGGGUAAUGAAUCUGCAUGCUCAUUACCUAAGUAAAUUGGAUGAUGUGGAUGAGUGGGGAGAUAAACAAGUUAAUGCGAAGAAAUUGUUGAGAAAGAAGCAUAAAAGAGUCAAGCAUGACUUAUUGAUACAGGAGGGUCGGACUCUUACUCUGUAUUGCAUACAGCAAGCUGCUGGUUACUUUUUGACAGCGAAACAGACAUUGUUAAAGGAGAAGUAUACUAGUGACAUCCUUGAAAAUUUGAAGAGCCAUAGUCAAGAUGAUGAUCAUGAUGGCAGGAGUAUUAAAGAAAAUCUGAAGCGACUUAUUCAAGUUGGAAACAAUGCGAAAGAUAAAACAGAAAAUUCAUCCGGGGAUGCUCUGGUAAAAAAGGAUGAUUGGGGCUAUUUUGAAGAUCAACUUCAUGAAUAUGUGGGUUCUUCACAAGAUAUAUCACCUGAAAUUUUUCAUACAUGGAUGGAAAGGGCAUGCAACAAUUGUUUGUUCCUCGCAAAUACAUUAAGUAGUGCCAAGGAAGUUGUUGAUUGUUUAAACAAGAUAAUCAGCUGGCUUUUGAUUGUUGCUACUUUCAUAAUGUGGUUGCUUCUAACUGGGUUGGCUUCCACAAAAGUACUAGUCAUCAUAGCUUCUCCAUUGUUAGCUGCAACUUUUAUAUUUGGAGAUGCUUGCAAGACCCUAUUUCAAGGGAUCAUGUUUGCCUACGUUAUACACCCUUUCGAUGUUGGUGAUUUAUGUGUCAUUGAUGGAAACAUGGUAGAGGUUAAAACAAUUGGUGUUUGGAAAUCAACCUUCUCAAAAGUUGGGAUGCAAGAGGAAGUGUUAUAUCCAAAUUCGGAAUUAUGCAACAAAAAUAUAAUCAACUACAAGACAGAAUUUGAUUGGAAUGAUUAUCUAGAGCUUGAUACAGUCUCAUUAGACGAGGAAAAAAUCAAGAUUUUGAAACAAGAAAUUGAAAAAUACCUUGAUGAUGGUGAAAACGGUAAAUUUACACCAGGUUAUAAUUGUGUGGAAGUGGUGAUAACUGAAGAAAACAUCAAGAUAGCUAUUAACUUUAGACACAAUGUAAACCUUAAGAAUAGCACUUACUUUGAAUGCCUCAAGGAAAAGCGCAAGCGGCGAUCAGAGUUCAUUCUCCAUGCACAAUGCCUUGUAAAUCACAUGAAAAAUGGAAGAACAAAAACCUCAGAGAGUUACGAAGAUAAGGUAGAAAGUAAAAAUGGCAGCUUGAUGAAUAUUCCCGAUUCAGGUGAUGAAGAUGACACUUUUGUAGCAGGAAAGGUAGAGGGAGUCUAUGGAGGAUAAGUAAUUCAGUAAACAUGUUUGACUACACUUUACACCUUUGGUGCAAUUUUGCAAUAAAGACAAUCUUGCUACAAAAUCAUUAAAGCUAGGACUGGAUCUUAUUAGCAAUAAUGGUAUAGUUAACUAACUGACAGUUACUCGAGUUCAUUUCAAACAAAACUCAAAGCACUUAUACUUAUAUGAGCUUAAAAUCUAAACUCAAAUUCAAUUUGAGACCUCAAUAACUCGGUGUUGAAAUCCGGAAUUUGUCUAGAAAAGUUCAUCAGCUAGGAUUUUAUUAAAUGCAUAAUUAAGCAGACCAAAAUCUGAAUGUGACAGUGUCUGAUUAACUAUUACUCUAUUAGCUACUAAGCUUACUAUACUAGUAUUAUCUUAUGCAAAGAUAUUCAUAAAGGUAUCAUCAUAACGUCAUUGUAUAAUGUCAUACGGUGAAAAAUCCAACAAGAACUAGCUGGUAUUAAAUAUUCAAAAGCAUUGAAAAUCUUCAUUGCAAACGCAAGCAAGACAAUAACAAACAAAAACAAGACAUAAAGAUACUAUCCCUAAUUAACUACUCUAAAUAAUUUUCCACAAAGUAAUUUUCAUGACCAAAUCGCUGAUAUCAUUCACUAUUACAUUAAUUAUUUUUAUUAUAGACAUAAUACAGCUUGAUAUGAUUUUUUUUUUUUUUUUUUUUUGACAAGUUGAUAUGAAUGAUUUUAGAAGAUGGUGUUUAAUAAAAAAUAUAUAUAUAUAUAUAAUUUUAAAAUAUUGUUUUUUUUAUAAUUGCUUUGUUUGUUAAUUGUCUUUGUCUUCUUCUCCUAAGACGGUACAUACAAUAUUGGAUUAGGUUAAGUAAAAAUAUCACAAAUUUGCAUGCCAAAAGCAAUACGUACAACCUAAUAAUAUUAACAAAAAAGCACAGAACUUGGCUAAGAAAGAUACAAUAUAAAGUGGCUUUUGAGGUGGUUAUAAUCCUAUGCAAGAUAUAAAGCAGGUCAUUUUGUUUGUAAUUAAUUUUCUAUGUCCAAGUCUAAACAUGGUUUUAAUUUAGCAUUUCUCGUUAAAUUGAUUUAAAAUAAUGAUUACACCUUUGGAAAAUUUGUUGGCAUGAUUGCUCCUCAGUGUUUGAGAGAGAGAAAAAAAAUAAAAAUAAAAAUAAAUAAAUAAAUAAAUAAAAGCAUACCUCCUCUGUAUUUUCGAGUUACAACACUAUCUUUUCUAUGAUCAAAAUUCAUAUAAUUCAACCACAUUCUUUUAUUAUACCCUAGUAAUAUAUUAAAAACAAUAUUCAUACUCUAAGAAAUAAACUAUUAUAAAAUCAAUUUUUCAUAAUC